AUGGUUGGAAGAAUUAAUUAUUUUAGAUAGGAAUUAGCCAAGAAAUUUCAAUUUUUGUAAAAAGAAUUUCAUAAUUAUUUAAUAAAUAAUAAAAUAAAUAAAGUAGAAGGCCUUUAAAGAAAAGUAAAGAGAAAUAAAUAGAUAGAUAGAGAAAGAUAAAUUUAAGGUCUUUUAUAGGAAGAGUAGUUUCAAAAUAUAGGAAUCAUAUUUAUAAAAAUGGAUUAGAAUUAAUAGCAAAAUCACAAUCAUAACUCUUAGGAUCAAUUAAUAGAGACAACUUAGGAACUUAAUAAAUAAUAGAUUUUGAAUUUUACAGAAGAAAGUUAAGCGAAUCAGAUGAACUAGGAACAAUAAAACCAUCAGCAACAAGAGGAGGAAAUUAAAGUGAAUAAUACUUCAGAAAUAUAGAACUACAAAGGCAUCAAACAUUUUUUAUCUUCAACAGAUUACCAUUACCCCAUCGCAAACAUUAACUAUCACACUAUUGCUGUAGCUCCAAUGAUUGAUAUCACUGACGUGCACUUUAGGAAUUUCAUUAGAUUGCUAACUAGAUACUCAAUUCUUUAUACAGAGAUGAUUCACGAAUAAGCAGUGCAUCAUAAUAUUCGUGGUCCUUAGGAAUUUUUGAGGUUUGAUCCAGUAUAGCAUCCAGUAGUUAUCUAGUUAGGUGGCAAUGAUCCAGAUAAUUUGGCUAAAGCAGCUAAGAUAUGUGAAGAAAUAGGCUAUGAUGAAGUUAAUUUAAAUGUUGGUUGCCCUUCUGAUAGAGUUUAAAGUGGUAAAUUUGGAGCAUGUUUAAUGAAAGAGCCAGAACUAGUAGCAGAAAUUAUGAGAAAAAUGAAGGAAGCUUGUUCAAUUCCAGUCACAGUUAAAUGCAGAUUAGGAGUUGAUAACUUUGAUUCCUAUGAAUUUGCAAGAGAUUUUAUUAAAACAGUUUCUGAAAAAGGGCAAGUCUAGCAUUUUGUAGUACAUGCAAGAAAGGCAUUUUUAAAGGGUCUCAAUCCUGCUUAGAAUAGAAAUGUUCCUCCUUUAAAGUAUGAUUACGUUCUCAGAUUGAAAUAGGAAUUUCCUCAUUUACAUUUUUCAAUAAAUGGAGGAUUUAAAACAUAUGAUCAAAUCUCAGAUAUUUUGAAAUAAGAAAAUGGAUUGCAUGGAUGCAUGUUAGGAAGAGCAGCUUAUGAGACUCCAUGGCUCUUUUCUGAUAUGGACAGAAGAUAUUUCGGAAAGUAAAAUCCUGGGUUCUCUAGAAGAGAAAUUCUUUAGAUUUGGGGUUAAUAUGGAAAAUUAGUAAUUUAGUAAUAACCAGCUAUUAGCAUUCCAACUCUCAACAAACCUAUUAUUAAUCUUUUUGCUGGAGAAAAGCACAGUGCUAAAUAUAGACACUUCAUUAGUGAUAGAGCUAAUUUUGUUAAAUUUGAAAAUUAUGAAGUAUUUAUGCAAAAAACAAUCGAAGAAUAUGAAUAAAUAAAUGCAUAUGCUUUAGAUCAAAGACCACCAGGCUGUGAAUAAGCCGAUAACAGCAUAGUUGAAGCUAUCUUAUAAUCAGUUAAAAAUGAGUAAAUCAGCCUUAAUUAAAAAGAAAAUAGUUAAAAGUAGUAAGAUGUUAUUUAAACAGAAUGA